AUCCGAUUGAUCGAGCUUUUGCCCGGUGCCUGGAGCAAUCGGAUACGUUGCAGACUAGUCAAUGUUCAUCAUGAAAAUGCGCAUUACAAGGCUUUGUCAUAUGUUUGGGGUUACAGGAACGUUAAACGGCUCCCAAUCAUUACUGUAAAUAGGAAGCCUUAUAGCGUAACUGUCAACCUCGAAAGCGCGCUGAGACAUCUUCACCAACGAUAUCCAGAGGGACUGAUAUUGUGGGUUGACGCGCUGUGUACCAACCAGGAAGAUGUGGUAGAAAGGACUGGGCAGGUGAAGCUCAUGGGCAAUAUCCAAAGAAAGUGCGUGAAAGGCGUUGUUUAUCUUAGCGAUCGACUAGACGGUCCAGCAACAGUCGCUGAACCUCCUACCCCCGUGGAUUCGAUCGGACUGAUGACCCACUCGUGA